AUGGCGUCUACUGUCAAACCCCCCGCUCUCCUACGCGGCGACACCAUCGCCCUCGUCGCACCCUCAUCGCGCAUCAACCACGUCUUCCCGCUGCGCGUCGCCCGCGCCCGCGCCUUUCUCGAGGCGCAGGGCUUCCGCGUCCGCGAGGUCUACUCGCCCUCCCUCCCCUCCGGCUCCUACCGCGCCGCCGUCCGCGCCCGCGCCGCCGAGCUGCACGCCGCCUUUGCCGACCCCGCCGUGCGGGCCGUCGUCUGCUGCGUCGGCGGCCUCGCCGCCAACGAGCUUCUCCCGCACCUCGACUACGCUCUGCUCCGCGCGCACCCCAAAAUCUUCGUGGGGAGCUCCGACAUUACCCUGUUGCACCACGCGCUGCGCGCCGGCGCCGGGCUGCGCACCUUUUACGGCCCAUCCGCGCUGACCCAGCUCGCCGAGUACCCCCGGCCGCUCGAGCUCACCUGGACGCACUUCCUGCGGACCCUGGUGCAGGACGGCGACCCGGCCGUUGUCGGCCCGCUGCCCCGCGCGUUCGAGUACACGGACGAGUUUCUCGACUUUGGCGGGGAGCCAGACAACCUGCGCGCGCGCGCGCUGCGGCCCAGCGCCGGGUGGAAGUGGCUCCGCGGCGGCCCGCGCGUCGAGGGCCGCGUGUUUGGCGGCUGCCUGCCCAGCGUGCUGCAGCUGUUCGGCACGCCGUGGGAGGUCGACUACAAGGGCCGCAUCCUGCUCCUGGAGCUGCCGGAGGGCAUCGCCGCGGCGAGCGCCUGGCCGCUGGACCUGGCGCGCUGGAACCUCGGCGACCUGGGCACCCGCGGCGUGUGGGACGCCAUCGCGGGCCUGGUGCUGGGUCGGCCGUACCGCCACACACCCGAGGAGACGGCGCAGUGGGAAUCCAUGGUGCUGGAGGUGACGGAGGGGUAUGGCUUCCCGAUACUGGCGGGCGUAGAUGUCGGGCACACGGAUCCGAUGCUGACGCUGCCGCUGGAUGCGCAGUGUAGUUUGGAUAGCGAAAAGGAUGAGUGGGCGAUUCUUGAGACGGCUGUUGGGAAGAGAUAG